CUUGGAGCGAGCAGGGGACCUGGGCAGCACGAGCAACAUUGCAGCGCAGCAUCCGCCGCCGCCGCCGUCUGUGUUGCCCCUGCGCCUAUUUACCCUUCCCUGCAGCCGUUCUCCCGUGGUCUGUGUCCUAUCGCCCGCCGUUCGCCUCAUCUGUAUCUGAUGCAAGGUACGGAUACACUCAUCUGCUCGCAAGCAAUCUCGAGUCGAACUCGAGACGGAAGGGCCAAGAUCGCUGGAUGGAUGUCGACUGCUACCAUACUCCGCAAUCGACCUUUCCUUGCUUCGCAUAUCGCGGACUCGGACCCGGGACCCCUCGUCCAAGCUCCUCCCAUCAUCCUCCGAGGAUAA